UGUUCGCUUUUCUCGCGAUACUACUAGCGUGACGUAUAAUCUAGUUGACGGGGACGGGACACUUCAACAACAGUUAGCCACCUCGCCGAAAUAUUCAAGGUCUUUAUAAUGUUUCGGUGUAUAUUAGCCAUUAUGUUAUAAACACACGUCUACCAGUUACCCGAUUUAAAUUCAUAUUUACGUUGUUCGCUAGCUGGUUGGUUAAAUUUGCCUAUCACUAGUCUAAUCGCUAAUGCUAACUAGCUAGCUAACUUCCUCGACCAUGAGCGCACUAAGAUACUGCCCCCAUACUAAAGAGGAGGUCGGAUGGACGGAGAAAGAAACUCUGUUGAAAGAGGAGAAGGAAGAGGAUGCUGUCGCAGUUAAAAUAGAAGUAGAGGACGAGGCUGUUACUGUGAAAGAAGAAGAAACUGUUAAAAUAGAAGUAGAGGAUGAGGCUGUUACAGUGAAAGAAGAAGAGACUGUUAAAAUAGAAGUAGAGGAUGAGGCUGUUACUGUGAAAGAAGAAGAGAUGGACGUUAGAGUGAACGAAGACAAAGGAGAGUUCGGAGUGAAAGAGGAGGGGGAUGUUGCCAAAGAUAUUUAUAUCUGUGAUGUAAAAAAAGAGGAGGAGGAUGCCGUUUUUGGAGUGGAGGGAGAGAUAACUGUCACAGUGAAAGAAGAAGAAGAGGAGACAGGAGAUCUGAUUAACACCAGAGAAAGACCACACUCUCACAACAGGAAGAGUCCCUCAGGGGAACCAGACCCAGAGACGCCAAAUCCAGCCAGACGACACCACUGCUCCCAGUGUGGAAAGCAUUUUACCAAGUUACAGAACCUAAAACAGCAUGAGAGGACACACAAAGGAGAAAAGCCUUUUCAAUGCUUUCAGUGUGAAAAAAUAUUUUCAUGUUCACAGGAUUUAAAAAAGCAUGAGAGGACACACACAGGAGAAAUGCCCUUCCAAUGCUCCCAGUGUGGAAAGGGUUUUAACCGGUUAGGGAACCUGAAAGAACAUACAAUAAUACACACAGGAAAGAAGCCUCACCACUGCUCCCAGUGUGGAAAGAGUUUUAACCGGUUAGGGAAUCUGAAAAAGCAUGAGAGAAUACACUCUGGAGUGAAGCCUUACCAGUGUUCCUAUUGUGGAAAGAAUUUUACUCAGUUAGAGAACCUGAAGGAACAUGAAAGGACACACACAGGGGAGAAACCACACCAUUGCUCUCAGUGUGGAAAGGCUUUUACCACGUCACGAAACCUUAAAGAGCAUAAGACGAAACACACCGGAGAAAAGCCUUUCCACUGCUCCCUGUGUGGAAAGAAUUUUACCCAUUUAGGGAACCUGAAGAAACAUGAGAGAAUACAUUCUGGAGAUAAGCCGUACCCCUGUUCCCACUGUGGAAGGAGUUUUAGGUGGUUAGGAACCUUAAAGCAACAUGAGAGAAUACACACAGGAGAGAAGCCUUUCCAAUGUUCCCAGUGUGGAAAGGGUUUUACCCAGUUAGGUAACCUAAAAGCUCAUGAGAGGACACACUCAGGAGAAAAGCCUUUCCAAUGUUCCCAGUGUGGAAAGAGUUUUACUGUGUUUGUGAGCCUAAAAGAGCAUAAGAGAAUACACACAGGAGAGAAGCCCUACCAAUGCUCCCACUGUGGCAAGAGUUUUAGGGGGUUAGGGAACCAGAAAAAACAUGAGAGGACACACACAGGACAAAAGCCUUACUAAUUUUCUCAAUGUGGAAAGAGUUAUAACCAGUUAAGCACCAGAAAUCACAUGAAAUAAAACAUUUAGGUGUGAAGCCUUUCCACUGCUCCCAUUUUAGUUCCAGGGCUAUGAUUUCCGCAUAUUUACAAUUUCGGACAUUUGGCCCAUAGACGGGCCUGUAACUUGGAGAGGGUGGAGCUUUUGGUUCCGGUUCCGAUCCCAGUUCUAUCUGGUCUCUUAACACGUAUGGAUCCAGAACUCCAUCAAGUGUUACCAACCCAGGAACUAACCCACGGAUGUUGUUACACUCGCUUUGUCUAAGGGGUGCUAAGCCUAGUUACAUGGUCUGUAACCUGAAUGAAUGAAUGUAUGCAUUUAUGUGAGAAAUCAGUUCAUGGACCUAGGUGUUGAAUUCCCAGGGAGACGGCAACCUUACCUCGGUCCAGGGCCUUGACCUCUUGACCUCUUGGUCGGCCAGUCCAAGACGACUAUUAUUUGUUUAGAUGGUGACGAAACGUAAACAUAACCAAAAUCAUCAUCCGCAAAGUCUCCGCCAACCUCACAAUCAUCAUCCCCAUGACAACCAAGGACAAUGAUAGCAGUUCCAGAUCAGACUAGCCUACGUCCUCCUCUUCCCGGUGUUCAAAGGGCCGUACGGUUAAAGAAGUGUUUGUACCAGUUGGUCAUGACAGUGGGAAGUCCAUCCUGUCUGACUGUGCCCACCCUUUUUUACACCAGGGGUUCUUAAACCCUUUUUCAACCUGGGACCCAAAUUUAAAAAAAAAUCUGUGUUUUCCUGGGACCCAAGUUGAUUAAAAUAUGCAACUAUGUGUAAAAUAUUGGUUGAUUUCAUUGCCCUUAUGCCUAAAACAAAUGUAAUAUAAACAAAAACAUAUAACAAUGAAAUGAAAUACCCAUAAAAAGACUAAUCAUGUUUAUUCUUUAAAAACCUCUUACAUAUCUGUCUAGGUUGGACCUGUUGCUGUACAAAUACAAUAAAUCAUUUCCAUUCUGAACUGGAAUAAACUGAUUGAUCACAUCACACAGAUGUAGAACAGAACACACACACACACACACACACACGGGCUUAGUUUUUGAUAGUGCAACCCUAAGUAACAGUAACAGAUGAAAAAUGAUCAGGCCGACCGUACAUCUUACUGUGGAAAGUAUUGUUGGAAAAAAAAAAGUCUAUGUAGGAACUGUUUCUGUUAAAAUACAAUAACUAUUCGUAUUAUUCUGAACUGGAAUAAACUGAUCAAACCACACACAGGUUGAAGUUUUCAACAAGCUUGUCUAUUCCGGACUCCGGUUAUGACAGAGCAACACGGAGGUCAUGCUCAGCAUUGAGUCACAGGAGAGGCCUUUGAACAAUUUUUUUUUUUGGGGGGGGGGACAUGUGUACGUUCAUGUGCCUUAAUAACAAACUGGUAUGCCAUCUGUAAAUACCAAUACAAUUGUUAAACUACGAGCCUAGUUGUUUUAGCCAACGGAAAAAGACAUGAACCUUCCCUCCUCUAGCCACGAUUGGCUGAGAUAAUUGAUGGGCUGGACAUGCCGAGAAAUGAGUUCGGAUUGGUCUGCCAUGUAGCUUCUGUCUAUGAGCUGCUCAGUAUCUUUCUAAUGUUUCUUAUUUUCUCUCAUGUUUUUCCACCGAGGCCGAUACGUAAAAAGCUUAAUAAAGAGCAGUGUGGGAGUUUAUUAUUAUUUUCUCCGUUGAAACAAAAGAUCAGCUCAGAUGUGCAAGUGCCUUUUGAAGUUGUGAUAGAGGCAAAAUAUGUAUUUUGGAUGUAGCGGUUGUUAGCUUGAAUGCUAUAACGCUCAUUGACUCAGGCUGGUAGCAAAGCUAGCCAAAGAGCAAGUGCU